GCAGUUAGUCAAGCAAUGCAACUUUCGACGUUGAGCCGGGGGUCUCUUUGGAAACAGCCUCUCUACUUUCGAGUAGGGGCAAGAAAUUUUCAUCAAAUGCUUUCAAGGAUUAGGAUUCCCCUUAAUUCAUCUCAUAAUUAUUUCGCAUUUCUUCAGAACUAUCACUGUAAUCAUCAUUCUCUGCCCCCUAACCUUGUUCAAGAUUAUGCUAAUCUUUUAAAUUCUUGCAUUCUUGGCAAAGCGAUUCAGCCAGGAAGGCAGCUCCAUGCUCGUUUUUGCAUUGCGGGGCUUGGCUAUAAUACCUUAUUGGCCACGAAACUAGUCAAUCUUUACUGUGUUUGUGACCAUGUCAGUGUUGCACACAAACUGUUUGCUAAAAUUCCCAAAGGAAAUCUUUUUCUUUGGAAUGUUUUGAUUCGAGGGUACGCGUGGAAUGGCCCUUAUGAAGUUGCCAUCUCUUUGUAUUUCCAACUGCUCAAGCACGGGCAUGUUCCGGACAACUUCACAUUUCCGUUCGUGCUCAAGGCCUGCUCGGCCCUCUCGGCUAUUGAUGUUGGGAGGGACAUUCAUGAGCAAGUGGUGGAGGCCGGGUGGGAAAGAGACGUCUUUGUCUGUGCAGCGCUCAUUGACAUGUAUGCAAAGGGUGGCCGUGUUGACAGUUCAAGGAAAGUGUUUGAUGGUGUUGCUCAGAGGGAUGUUGUGGUCUGGAAUUCAAUGCUGGCGGCUUAUUCAAAGAAUGGGUGUGCAGAUGAGUGCCUGUUGUUGUGCAGUGAGAUGGCUUACGCGGGCGUGGGGCCUACGGAUGCCACUUUGGUGACUUCCAUUUCAGCUUCUGCUGAUAUAGCUGCACUUCAACAAGGGAGGGAGCUUCACGGGUACAGCUUUAGACAGGGUUUUGGCUCUCAUGACAAGGUCAUGACUGCUCUUGUGGAUAUGUAUGCCAAGAGUGGUCAUGUCAAGCUUGCUAGGAUGUUAUUCGAAGCACUUUCAGAGAAAAGGGUUGUUUCUUGGAAUGCUAUGAUCACUGGAUAUGCAAUGCACGGCCAUGCUAAUGCAGCACUCGAUAUGUUUGAGUGGAUGAUCCGUGGGGCCCAGCCAGACCACAUCACUUUUGUGGGUGUUCUGUCGGCUUGUAACCAUGGAGGCAUGGUGGACGAGGCGAAGAUGUAUUUUGAACAGAUGACAAGGAACUACAGCAUUGAACCGACUGUUCAACACUAUACUUGCAUGGUUGAUCUCCUUGGUCACUUUGGUCGGUUGGAUGAAGCUUAUGGACUUAUAACACAGAUGAAAGUUGCUCCAGAUUCUGGCGUCUGGGGUGCAUUGCUUAAUUCUUGCAAAAUCCAUGGAGAUGUGGAGUUAGCAGAACUUGCCUUGGAGAAGUUAGUUGAGCUCGAACCAAAUGAUGCUGGAAAUUAUGUGAUACUAUCAAACAUCUAUGCCCAAGCAGAACUUGAAAUAUUGGGAGCACGGAUGGUUCAGGCCGGUUACACUCCGAACACUUUGCCUGUUUUCCAUGACGUGGAUGAUGAUGAGAAAACUAGAAUGGUUUCCAGCCACAGUGAAAGGCUAGCAAUUGUGUUUGGGCUUAUUAUGGGAAUAUCCAUGCCAAAUGAACUUGGGUAUUACAAUGGCAAGUUGACAUCAUUCGUCGUGUUAUCCUGUGUGAUGGCUGCCAUGGGAGGUGUUAUCUUUGGUUAUGAUAUUGGAAUUUCAGGUGGAGUGACUUCAAUGGAACCUUUUCUGGAAAAGUUCUUCCAUGAUGUCUAUACUAAGAUGAAGAAAGACACUGAAGUAAGUAACUACUGUAAAUUUGACAGUCAACUAUUAACGUCCUUCACAUCCUCACUGUACGUUGCCGGUCUGUUUGCUUCCUUGUUGGCCUCAUCAGUAACUGCCACCUUUGGACGAACACCAUCAAUCCUUAUGGGGGGGUUUUCUUUUCUAGCCGGCGCAGCCCUUGGUGGAGCGGCCUUGAACAUUUACAUGCUGAUUCUUGGCAGAGUUUUUCUUGGCAUUGGAGUCGGUUUUGCUAAUCAAGCAGUUCCAUUGUAUCUGUCAGAAAUGGCACCAGCCAAGUAUAGAGGAGGAAUCAACAACGGGUUUCAGGUGAGUGUAAGCAUCGGGGUCUUAGUUGCAAGCCUGAUAAACUAUGGGACUGAAAAGAUCAGAGAUGGUUGGGGAUGGAGAAUCUCUCUAGGACUAGCUUCUGUUCCUGCAUUUAUCCUAACAUUAAGCGGUCUUUUCCUCCCUGAAACACCCAACAGCCUGAUUCAGCGUUUCCAAGAUCAUGGGAAAGCUAAGAGGAUGCUGGAGAGAAUUCGAGGUACGAAUGAUGUGCAGGCUGAGCUGGAUGAUCUAAUUUCAGCUAGCGAGAUAUCCAAAACCGUCAAAACCCCUUUCAAGAACAUUCUACUGAGAAAAUACAGGCCUCAGCUGAUAAUGUCAAUCGCAAUCCCCUUCUUCCAACAAGUUACUGGAAUCAAUGUGAUAGGUUUCUACGCCCCAGUCAUUUUCAGAACAAUCGGCUUAGGAGAAAGUGCUUCACUCAUGUCAUCAGUCGUGACAGGAUCAGUUGGUAUCAUUACAACCUUUGCUUCAAUGAUGAUUGUCGACAAAGUAGGUCGAAGACCCCUUUUGAUCACUGGAGGAGUAGUAAUGUUUGUGACCCAAAUGGCGGUAGGAGCAGUGCUGGGUGCUAAGUUAGGGAACCACGGAGGGGUAAGCAAAGAUUGGGCGGUUGUGGUUCUGUUAUUGUUGUGUGGCUACGUUGCAGGCUUUGGGUUGUCAUGGGGACCUUUGGGAUGGCUGAUUCCAAGUGAGAUCUUUCAACUUGAGAUCAGAUCAGCAGGGCAAAGCAUCACAGUGUGUGUGAGUUUUCUAUUCACUUUCUUGGUUGGUCAAUCCCUUUUGGCCAUGCUUUGCCACUUCAGGUAUGGGAUUUUCUUCUUUUUUGGUGGUUGGGUUGCUGUUAUGACUGCCUUUGUGUACCUUUUGUUGCCUGAGACAAAAAAGAUGCCUAUUGAGAAAAUGGACAGGGUUUGGAGGGAGCAUUGGUUUUGGAAGAAAUUUGUUGAAGAAUCCAAGUAGUAGUAGUUGGACACUUGGAUUCAACAUGUUGUCAUGAACAAUUUUAGUGACACCAAGUUUGACACCUCUGGGUUUGUCACAUGUUUGAUGGGCUGUUGUUGCUUCUCUGUUCUAUUUGUGGAAAUGUCAAAGACAAAUCUUAUUUUGGCUGCUUUAAAUUUUCAAAGUGUCUAUUUGUGACCUUGACCUUUGGAAGGAGUGUUGUGCAUUGAAAGUGAAGUUUUUGUCCAUUCUGAUUUUCUUUUAAAAAAUAAUUCUAUAAGAGCCCU